CCACUGUAGGAACAGAAUUUUAACAUAAGGAUACAGAAAAGAUUAGCCAACAAAGAAUAAUUUUAUUCUUGUUAUGAUGGAAAAUUAAAUUAUUUUCUACCUUGCGACACCAGUCAAAGUAAUCUAAACUGCUUAUAAAUGCAUAUGUUCCGUCAAAAGUACACAUACAAGCCACACAAACGACUGUGUAAUGGAGGUGGAGGUACUAACCUGAUCACAUCUAGCUUUACCUAAGAAAGUAUAAAACACAUGGCUGAUUCUCUGAUAUAUUCGCUGUGGUGUAGUCAAGUGUUUUUACUGUACUGUUAUUAAUGAUAAUAAUUGUGGUGGAUACUUUACGGUGGGUAGAAAAAUGUCAAAUACAAAGGAAUUCUUUCUUUCUGUUAUACAACGUAUUUUUAGCAAUUGGACUGCAUUGAAGAUGGCAGUAGAGCAUGGGAUGGGACCAAAGGAAAAAGCAAUAGAUUUCUGUCCUUAUAUGGCAGAAGUUAUGUAUAUGAAUGAGAAUCUGAACAGUGGUGAAAUUGCUGAUGAAUUAGAGGAUUAUAUGGAUGCACAUUUUAACACUGAACUACAAGAUGACAGUGCUAUACAAGUUGCAGAAGUACUUCUGAAGUUUUUCCGUUAUUGUGUUGAAAAUAAUGAAAGCAUCGCAAUAACAGAGUUUGAGAAGUUACCACCCAUUCAAUCAUGGAUUGUUACCAAUGAGCCUAUGAGAAGGACACAAAAUACUUCUGAUGUUGAAAGUGAUAGUUCGGAAAAUGAAGAAAAGGGAUCUGAAGAUAUGCAGGUGAUGGAUGAGUGGACAGAAGUAAGAUCUAGGCGGAAAAGAUAAUUAAUACAGAAUUCUUGUAUUCUUGUAUUUGUUUUAUAUAAAAGAAUAUACAAACUAUUGUUUUACAGUACAUACGCAUUGUAAAUGCAGUUUAUAUUCUAAGAUUUAGUAACAAAGAUACUUAUCUAAGCAGUCUUUUAGACACUGUCAAAUUUUAUUUGGCAGUUCUGUUCCCUGAAUCUGAAAUAGAGAACAUUAUUGAAGUGUGUUAGAUUCUAUU